GUUGUGUUGCCAAUGGGAUUUAUGUGCACAUUAAUAUUUUAUUCAGUGGAUAAAGUCAGGCAGUCCUGUCAUACACUUUCCUGUACAGCAGGUGGCAGCGGAGCCCCAGACAGCGCAUGCGCGUCCAAACGGAGACGAAGAAGAAAUGUUUGUGUACAUGUGACCCUCCAUGUGAUAGGAAAUUAAUGUAGAAAUAAAGUAACGCCUCAUAUGUUCAUUUAUAAACGCGGCACCAAAAAAAAAAAAAAUAGUUAGUGAUUUGAUUGAUAAUAAAUUAACAUACUUUACAACUGAACUUCAGGUCUCUUUGUUUAUGACUACAUAAUGAUUAAGACGCUGUCAUAUGCUGUCUUAGACUUUGAACCCAAAGCCCAUCCAAUAAACUCCUCUAAAAGCUUGAAAUAAGCAUAAAAGUAAGAUUUGACAGUCAGAAGGUCUCUUAAUACCUUUAGCAAACGUUCACCAUGCCACCCAUGAAGAACAGCAGCGUGAAAAGACCAAAGCUAGACUGGAGGUUUGUCCAAAGAUUGAGCAGAAUUCUGAAGAUCCUUUUCCCAUCCUGGUCAAACCAGAGUGUCCGAAUGUUCAUGACGCUUCUUGGAGUCACGCUUUCAGGUAUUAAACUUUUAACAUCUGGACUUGUUUUGUCUUCUGUGUUUGUUCAAUGUUUUGCUUUCAUUUCAGUUCAGCUUGUGAUUUAUCAAGUGGGUCUUAUUCCAAGUCAGUUCUACGAGGUUCUGUCUGAGAAGAACUAUGGGAAGUUCAAAAAUCUGGUGCUGUUUGCGGUUAUGCUCAUUCUGAUUAAUUCAACGCUGAAGAGUCUGGACCAGUACAUCUCCAGUCUGCUGUAUGUCAGCUGGAGAAAGUCUUUGACUGAAGAACUCCAUAGCACAUACUUCAAGGGACGUGUUUACUACACCCUCAACGUACUGUGCAAAGACAUCGACAACCCGUAAUAGACCAGCGCAUCAGUCAGGACGUAGAGAGGUUAUGUAAGCAGAUGAGCACUAUGGCGAGUCGACUUCUCAUUUCGCCGUUCACUGUGACCUACUACACCUAUCAGUGCUUCAACAGUGCUGGCUGGAUUGGAUUUGUAAG